GAACAUGCGAACCCUGACUCAGAACCUUUUCGACGACUUGACAGGUGUGGCCUGGACCGAGGAUGACUUCGAGCAGAGCCUGGACAGGGCCAGAAACCUUUGGAGGGAAGUUUGGCCAGAGGCUAGCAUCAAAUUUCUGCGUGGCAAAUCCAUACCGCCUGCUCCAGCAGAUCCACCUCCACCCAGGGCAAUUGGGCCCAUUGCCACAGCACCAAUUGGGUCUGCCGCAGCACCAAUUGGGUCAUUUCGGUCAAUUGCGUCAUCUUCUGCCAGUGGCAGCAAAGCCCCGGCUGCCAAGGCCAUGCCUUCAAAGCCUGACAGGCCAGCUCCCAAGCCACCAGGGAGGGAGGCAAUGAAGGAGGAGCUGAAGGAGGAGCAGCCACAGGAAAAGACUGAGGGCGCAGAUGUCAAUGUCAAGAAAGAGGAGGGCGUCGCUCCGCCCCCAGGUCUUGGGCUUGUGGAUGAGCUCCAGGCCAUGACCCCAGCGCAGAAGAAGGUGAAGCUCAGCCAGCCCUAUGUGCGGGAGAUGAUCCAGGAGCAGAUUACCUUCUUGCAGAGCUUGCUUGACAGUGAUAUUGAAGGUGGUGAUGGAUGGGAGGAGGUGUUGACUGAGGUCCUGACCGACUACAAUAUCAACCAGGGUGUGCGGACCAUGCUCUCCAAUGCCAAGAUCUCCCGGAGCCACAAGAUCAAGCUUAUGAUCAACAUGUUGUUUCGCUGGGGGGACAAGUUCGAGUCAAAUGACUGGUUGCGCAACGCAAUUCGCAACUUGGCUUGA